AUGCUUGCUAAACGAACAAAUGACGGAUAUGAUACUGACAAGACUGAUUGUCAGUCUACUUGCCGAACAGAUUUCUUGGGCUGCAAGGUUCUGUGUGAGACUGACUAUUGCCUAUCUAGGUGUUUAGAAUCAUCAGAAAAUUGCAUGGAGGAGUGCUCGACAAUCUCUUCAUCGACAACCAGAGUAUGGAAACCAACCACAUCUACCGAAAAUUCGCCGAUAAAGACUACAAGGAUGACAUCAAAUACAGAUAGCUCACGAGACACACUUAUCACAACAACUGCAAGAACAAAGCCCGUAACGCUUACAACAACCUCAAAAUCAAGUCAUCCGCUGUCUACAACUCCGGAGAACUACGAAACACCAUCUUCUUUGACGCCAAUUUUUAGUUCAACAGUCGCAACGAGUACAGAUGUCUAUGUAUCUUCAACAAAUGUGCUUCCAACGACAAAAAGUUCUACCAAUAUCUUUAAUUUAACAACGCUUAUUUCCUCCACUAUCGACAACCACUACAACCACAAUAACCUCCACAACAACGGCGACAAUGACAACAACUACGACAACGACUAUGACGACAAGUACAACUACAACAACAACUACGACGACAACUUCAACAACGACUUCGACGACAACAACUACUUCGACGACAUCUACAACUACAACAACGACUACGACUACAACUACUUCUUCGACUAUAACUACUCCUUCGACUACAAGUACAACUACAACAACUACUACGACGACAACUACAACAACGACUUCGACGACAACUACAACAACGACUACUAUGAUAACUACAACUUCAACUACAACGAAAACUACAAAACCAUGCGUACCGAGAUUAUGGUUUGA